AUGGAGAAUCAAACACCAUUCCAGCUUCCAAACUACCUUACAAAUGGCAAUCGAAUAUUUACCAAUCUUAACCCUUCUUCUUCAACCUCUUCCAUCCAAGCUUUGGAAGCUCAACUCGGCCGCUUACAGCUGUUGUCGUCGGUGGCAGCAGUCGACGUUUUCGAUCACUCAUGGCCGCCGUAUUUCAUGAGCAAUCACGUGGAUAGCCCCAACUUCUUUCAGCCUCCCAUGCACAAUGGUGUACCAAAUAACUUUGAAGCUGGAAGCUCGAGAAUGUGGCGGUCGGGAGCGGGUGAGCCGUUCAUCAGGCCGAGCAACGGAAAUGUUUAUGGGCAUGGUAGAGGAAUAAGGAGGAUGGCCAUGGAUGGAGAAGGCUACCGAGUGGUGAAGAGAGUGAUUGAAAGAGGGGAUUUGAGAGAAACCCUAAACAUUGUUGAAGGAGUAAAGGAUUGCAUUCAUGAACUAAUGCUUCAUCCAUUGGGAAACGACGUCGUACAAACUCUCUUCCGAUUCUGCCAUGAAUAUUUCAUAAAGGACCUUCUUCUCUCCUUAAUUGGAAAACAAGAUCUCUUUCUAGCUGUUUGCCUUCACAGCCUCGGACAAAAAGCUGUGGUAAAAUUGUUAUGCCGUUUGAGCAACCCCCAACACCAGUUACUCUUUGCAGUAGUGAUCAGCCACCAUGGCGUCGCCUUGGCAAAAAGCUCCGGUCCCGGCCACGACGUGCUCAUAAAUUGCUUUCGAAAUCUUUCUCGACAAGAUAACGAGAUGAUCCUCCUGGAAAUAGCACAUAAUUCUUUGGAGCUUGCCAAAGAUAAAAAUGGGUGUUGUAUACUCCCAUUUUGCAUUCUAUAUGCUGAAGGGACACUUCGAGGAGUGUUGGUGACUCCAUUGAUACAAGAAGCUCGUCAUCUUUCAACACAUUUUUAUGCGAACUUUGUCAUACAAUUUUUGAUUGAAUUAGACCAAGCAAAUAUUGGAGCAAGAGUAAUACAAGUGCUUAGGAACAAAUUUGUGGAGCUUUGUUUAAGCAAGGCUGGGAGCCAUGUGGUGGAGAAAUGUUUGGGCUGUGGGGAGGAUGAAGCUGCUGGAAUUAUCUUUGAAAUAAUGGAGAAUAAAGAGAAUUGGAUUCAAGUUUUUACAAAUCAAUAUGGAAAUUAUGUUGCUCAGAAAGCAUUGUCGGUUGCUAAGGGAGAAGCAUAUAACUUACUAGUAAGGGCUAUUAAGAGUCAACAACAUAUUCUUGAAUUUCAUCCUUAUGGAAGAAGUGUGGUUGCAGCUGCAGUCAAACGUAAAAGAAGAAGCUCGAUAUCAAAUCCUCAGUGUCUUAACUAG